AUGGAAUUUGCAGAAACCAAAACAUCAGUAUUUCUGUUUUUAUAUGACAAUUCUAUUGACACUUCUCGUAUUUCACUUAAUAAUCCCAAAUCUUUAUUUAUUACGCCUUAUAAAUCCAUUGAUUUAUAUAAAGAAGUAACACACAUACAAAAAAUAAAGGUUCAUACAAAAUGCGUAGAAAUUAUUUUAGUAAAAAAAGUACCGAGUAAGUGGUAUACACUUUCAGGACCAGAAAACAUUGAUGAAAAGAAACAGGAACAAAAAGUGAUAGAAGAGAAUGAUAUAACACAGGAUGAUGACAUCAUGAAGGUUUUAAGUAAAAUUUACCAGAAUGGUGAUGAAAACACAAGAAGAGCAAUGGAAAAAUCUUUUAUAGAAAGUGAUGGCACAGUUUUAUCUACAAAUUGGGAAGAUGUAAAAAAUAAAAAAUAUGAACAAUAA